UGUUGCCAUAACCUUAAAAAUAAGUACAGUUUAAAAUGUUUUUGUUUUGAAACGCUCCUCUCUCAUCUGCCCUGCAAAUGUCCAUCACACAGAGCUGCUGUACUUUCUUCUUAUUAGGACAGUAGUCAUAAGAUACAGACAAACGCGCUCAUCAGAGUUCUCUAUCUGGGUCUCAUAACCAGGCCAGGGCAAUUUUUGUGCUGCAACAGUGUGCUACUGAAACUGGUUUAGAGAACUGGGGGUGUAUAUAAAGAACUUGCUGGCCAUCUUUGCAUCUACUUUCCUUUUCCCUUCAAUAUUGUAAUGGCUGGUGGAGAAAUUUAAGAUUAUUAUAAAUCACAUUUAAAUUCCUCGUCUGUUAUGAGUGACAGAAAGAAAGAUAGCACAGAGAGGGGAGAGAUAAACGUUCUUCUUAUGUUGCCUGUAAUGUACAUGUUGAAUUGAAUAGCCAGAUUUUACAUUUUAGUUUUGAUUGACCUCUCAGCAGAUGUAUCAAUACUCUUGGAUAUAAAUAAGACAGUGUAGAGAAAAUACCUGUGGAUUCAUAUGAGCCUACCAACAACCAAUUAGCAGCUGGCAGUGCAUCCUGGACAAAGUGAAGUUGCACUCAGAUGCUCCAUAACUACAACAAAUCAUGCUAAGUGCUUUGUCAGGAUGCAAAGGAAUCCUUUCCCAGGGGCUUCUUGUUAACUGACAGCCUGUGCAUGAAUUAUAUAAUGAAACAGCUGAGCUGUUUUCUCCACCUGUAGAUUUCCCUCGUGUAUUCUUUAUGGUCUGUAUCAAUUUAAAUAGUCACAUCAAUGAAUUGAGUGGGAGAUGGCACGUACAGUAGACUUGAAAUGUUGAUAUGACUCUGGAAACAUCAAUCUCUCUCUUUAAGCAACAUUUCUGACAAAACAUAAUGCAACAAACUUUAAGUUUAAAGGAUGUUUUUUGUUUGCAAAUUCCAAUUAUUUUUGUAAUUUCUCGAAAUGUUGUCCCAUUAUUUCCAGUUUAAUAAAUAGGCUUGUUAUCCCUGCAAGGUAUGCCCUUCCCUCUGAGUGAUUUAUCCCUCUGAAUGAUUUUUUUUCUCUAUCAGUCCAUGCAUGUUGUGAUUGUUCUGGUUACGUCAGUGUACAGUAAAUGACAAGAUACCACAUUAACAAAGAAUCAGACUCUCUGUUAAUGCAGGCAAGCAGAGUAAUGAAGCCUGUUUAUCAGAAUAAGAGGAUUAUCAGUGACUCAAACAGGAAGACUUCUCACUGUAGGAGGCAGUAAACACUGACUGCUUGGAGACUGGCAGUGGUUGCUUAGCAAAGGGAUGGAGAGAGCGAGGGAGCAGAAAAGGGUGGUAGCUGCACACGAGGAAAGCGGGAGGAAUAUUGAGCAGGGAAGGAAGAGGGAAGAGCAUGAAUGAUGAAGUAAAUCCAGUGGAUCAGCUGACUGUGUUUGGAACUGGUUGAUGCUGAGGGAAAGGGCUGGAGGAGGAAAGAGGGGGAGGGAGAGCCGUACCAUCACAGCUGAAUGUAUAAUCAGCAGCUGCUGCUUCUGUCAUGUGAGCACUAGCAGAGGGGGGAGCGAGGGACGUAGAGUGGAGGCACCUUGUUCAGUUAGCGUAAUAUUCACACUGGAGAUGGAUACAAUCAAGGGGAUGUAACGGCAGACAGAAAGACAAGCUCUCACCCUCUGCCAUCUCACCCAGGACAGACUGGCACAGGCAGGUUGUAACGUGGCAGCCCGUAUUACAUCUCUGCUCCUUCAUCCUUCUUCACUGCUACUGCAGCUCGAGUAUAUUUUUAGCAUGUCAAGUACAGGCAUUGCCACGGCUGGCCUACUCCGAGAAUGCCUACGUCCGUGGUCAAAGCUGCUACAGAGGAAAUGCCUGUCACAUUCCCGAACCACCACCAGUAUGCUACCCCCGAGUAGAUUGUAAGCCUACUGGCAUGGCCCAGGCGACAGACUCAACAGGGCCAGUUUGCCGAGGGCCAACAGCAAGUUCUGACCAUGGAUACCGCAAGGAAAUCACCGUGCCCCUAUCUCCUCCCAAAUCAUACCCAAAAAGCCAGAUUGCAGUAUGCAUGCGUAAUGAAGGUGUUCGAACUCUGCUAGUUCCUCCUGAUGGAUCCCACAUGGGGCGCAUGGGUCCAACCCAGAGGAUUAAUAACAUAGACCCUGUUUUUGUCAGAGGCAGGCCUGGGUCAUUGGCUCAUUAUCCUCACCCUAGGAAGGCUGACAUAUACUCCAGUGGCCCAGGAAUGGUCCCAUAUGUGGGCCAGGUGCCACACUACCCAGCCAAUCAUCAAAACAUUGACUGGCGUACUUACCAGACAUACAGGGAGUACAUUGACAACAAAGGAAUCCAUUCUCAUGGCAGUCGGACUAUACAGGAGAGGCUUGACAGUUUGCGAGCUGCCGGUCAGACCAACUUUAAUGUCCCUCACCACAUUCCCCGGGGAGACUGGGGUCCCAAGGGAGUACGACGGAGGAGCACCUCACAUGAACGGUCAUACCAAGGACCACCACCCCACUUGUAUGUUCCCCCACGUAGUGCCUCACAGGACCGCAUGAGUGGUGCAGAGAGGAUUAGCCAUGUCAGGAACUGGCCCCCUCGAAGCGUAUCUCAAGAUGGGCUUGUACAUAAAACCAGGGCACACUCCUCAGAUUACCUUGAGCCUUUAGAGGUGGUUCGAGUCAGUGAGAGGAGAGGCUGUUAUGAAAGACCAGAUCAAGGUACGAGGCCCAGCAGGCAGUCUAUGCCAAGACAGGCCAUGCUUUUCAGGUCUACUGGACACGGUGCUGGAAUGAGGGGUCCACCCAACCCUUCUCUUUACAUAAAAGGACCAGACUCUGUUCAUGCUCGCUCUUCACCCAUGCUCUCAGACAGACCUCCACAUUUUGCAAAAAGCACAAGUGCUGACCAUUCUUUUGCUGACCAAAGAAUUACAGUUAAAGGAAAGAUUUCAGGCCACAAGAGUCAGCAAGGCCAGAGCAGGACACGAGCUGAGACGGUGAAGCAUGCAGAGGUAGGGAGAGAUGCUACGUUCGUAGGACACAGGUCAUCUUCAUGCUCUGCGGCAAAGCAAGUGCCCCAACUACCGCCAAGACUGAAUCCCCUUAAACCUCCUCCUCAAGGUUCCCAAAAUCAGGUCAAUGGGCGUAGUCCAACACAGACGGGAGUUGUUCUAAGGGAAAAGCCCCCUUCUGGAAAGAACCCCAGUCCUCUGCGACACCCGUCCUACAUCCUGGCUGUCAAUGACGACAAUGCAGAUUCUACAGAAGAUGUGGUGGCAUGCUGGCUUCCCAACGAUGCACGUAGAGAAAUACACAUGCGCCGCCUUGGGGAUCGCCACACCUCUUGUUCCAGCAACCUGGACGAGUCUCUCGAUUCCAUUCCAUUUAUUGAUGAACCAGUCAGCCCCAGUGUCGACCAGGAAGCUGCUCCUAUUCCACCCUCCGCAGUGAUAUCUGUUGCACAAUCUGCAACUGCAGGCCCCUCAAGUUCAGCGUCACCUUGCCCUACCAUUCGUCGGCAGCUAUCACAUGACCAAGAGUCUCUGCGAAGUGCUUUGCUGGAAUCUGAUACAACUAGUAAAACAGAGCGGUCCAAAUCCUAUGAUGAAGGUCUUGACAACUACCAAGAAGAAGUCAGAGGGAGAUCCUCAAGUAAACACAUGCCUAGUCUCAGGGGCAUAAGAAAGGCCCUGGAUGGACAUAAAUUCACUGGGGAUUCUGUAUCGCGAAGGGAUUCCUCAACAGAUAUAUUUGCAGAUUCUUCCAAAGAAGGGUUGCUCAACUUUAGGCAGUUUAGCACAGAUAAAAACAAGCGUGUCAGUGGAGGAAUGAGGUCCUGGAAGCAGAUGUAUGCUGUUUUACAAGGUCACACCCUGACCUUUUACAAAGACAGGAAGGACGCACUUGCCCAUGCUUCGGCACCGUCUGAUGAAGAGCCUCUUAGAAUCAGCAUCAAGGCCUGUCUGAUUGACAUCUCCUACAGCGAAACCAGGCGUAAAAAUGUGCUGCGACUCACCACCUCAGACAGCGAGUACUUGUUCCAGGCGGAGGGGAGGGAUGACAUGCUGUCCUGGAUAAAAGUUAUACAGGAAAACAGUAACCCAGAUGAAGAGAACUCUGCUGUGACAAGUCAGGAACUGAUCAGUCGGAAAAUCAAAGAAUACAACAUGAUGAGCGCACCCAGCAGCAGAUCCGAACCUUCCCCCAAACCCUCCCGACAGUCCCUGAGCAUCAAACAAGCCUUCAUGGGAGGUAAAGAAGGCAAGGCCCACAGCCCACAUUCACCUAAAACAGGAGAGGAGCGCAGAGCACUGAAAGAUGACUCCAGCCCACCGAGGGACAGAGGUGCUUGGAAAAUUGGUAUACCAGGAAUUAUCAGGAAGCCUUUUGAAAAGAAGACUCCUGCUGGGGUCACUUUUGGGGUUCGGCUUGAUGACUGCCCCCCUGCACAGUCUAACAGAUUUGUGCCUCUGAUCGUGGAUGUGUGCUGUAAAGUGGUGGAGGAGCGGGGUCUGGAGUACACAGGGAUCUACAGGGUUCCUGGAAACAAUGCUGCCAUCUCCAGUAUGCAGGAGGAGCUGAACAGCAAAGGCAUGAAUGACAUUGACAUCCAGGAAGAUAAAUGGCGAGACCUGAAUGUCAUAAGCAGCUUACUGAAGUCCUUUUUCCGUAAACUUCCAGAACCUCUGUUCACAAAUGAAAAGUAUGCAGAUUUUAUUGAAGCCAACAGAACAGAAGAUUCAGUGGAGAGAUUAAAAGAGCUCAAGAGACUCAUCCACGAGUUACCGGAUCAUCACUAUGAAACCCUGAAAUUCCUCUGUGCUCAUCUUAAAAGGGUUUCGGAAAACUGUGAAAAGAACAAGAUGGAGCCCCGGAACCUGGCCAUAGUGUUUGGUCCGACAUUGGUCAGAACCUCGGAGGACAACAUGACCAACAUGGUCAAUCACAUGCCAGAUCAGUGCAAAAUAGUUGAAAACCUCAUCCAACAAUAUGACUGGUUCUUCACUGAUGAUGGUGACGAAGAUCCUGUCACCACAGCUGAACAGGAGAGCACAGUACAGUCUCAACCUGUGCCCAAUAUUGACCACUUGCUUUCAAACAUUGGCCGCACCGCACCAUCACCAGGCGAAGUCUCAGAUUCAGCAUGCAGUGACUCCUCCAAAGGAAAGCAGGGCUUGUGGGGAUCAGGGAAGGACCAGUGUAGCAAAGAGAUGCUGCGCUCCUCCUUCUUUGUCAGCCGCAAACGCAAGAAGUCCAAGGACAAAGUUCAACCCAGCAGUUCAGACGACGACCUAGACUCUGUUUUUCCCAGGAAGGAGCUCCCGCAGGGUAGUCAGCAGCAGCCUCUGUGGUCCACAGGCAGUCGGACUGAUGGGGAGGGGGAGACUGAUGAAACCAAUGAGAAGGAAAAGCUCAGAGACAGCUCGGAGGAAAUGCUGGACAACACCGACCGGAAAGAGUCUCUGUCCUGCAGCUUGAUGUUAGAGCCAUCCACACCUCUGCACCAAGAACACAUUUCUUCCUCCGUUCAAACCGGCUCCCCCUACAACUCGCCCCCACAUUCACCAAACCUCAGUUACCGUGUGCCAAUGAUUCUCCAGUCCUCCCUGUCGGACCCAACCUCCAACUACGAAGACACAGUGUCUGACCUCGGUACAAUGAACAGCACCAGCUCCCAAGCCUCCGUGCCAAGGCUGAGGCACGCCAGAAUGGUGCCACUGGGCCCAGAGGUGGGACCCAGCAGCCUUGGAGCAGAGGUUUGCUCCAUCACCUCUGACUACUCCACCACCUCCUCCAUGACAUUCCUGACCGGAGCAGAGUUCAACACCCUCAGUCCCGAAGUGCAAUCUGUAGCUGAGAGCCGCGGUGGAGAUGAUGCAGAUGAUGAGAGAAGCGAGCUGAUUAGUGAGGGGAGAGCGAUGGAGACGGAUAGUGAGAGUGACCUGUCUGUGUUCACUGUCGGCAAGUUGGAUCACAGAGAACAGCAGGAAGCCCCGCGGCCUCUCGCCUCGCACAGACUCAUCGAAUGUGACACGCUGUCCAGAAAAAAGGCCGCCCAACAAAAAGCCGGCAGCGAAUCGUCUUUGGAGGGAGCUCGGAGCGAUAAGGAUUCAAACAGACUGUCACGGGUUUUGGGGUCAGUUAAAGGUCGAUCCACCAGCAGCCUGAGCUCUUCGUCUCGUAACGACUUAGAUAAGACUGAGCCUGCAUGGAAGCUGAAGAUCACCGACCGGUUGAAGGUGCGUCUGCGCACGUCUGUGGAUGACAUGUUUGGAGUGGGCAGCCAGAAAAGCCGGUCUCCUGAAGGCCGCAGUAAAAAGAAGAACAUUAGACGCAGACACACCAUGGGCGGGCAGGGAGACUUUGCAGAACUGUCUGUGCUGGGAGACUGGCCUCAGCAGAUUGGCACUCGCUCUGAGCUGUCCGCUGUGGACCGACUAAAACCAAAGUGCAGCUCUCAAGACUUCUCCAUCGGAGACUGGAUUGCUCGAGAGCGCCACCGGACCAGCAAUUCAGAGGUCAGCCUGGAGUUUUCUGAACAGCAGGGGGCGAUGGGAAGCCCAAACUCCCAAAACCUUAGAGCCUCUUCCUCCUCUUCUGAACUACCACAUCGUUCAGCUGAAGCUGUCAAUGGGGAACUUGCACCGAGUAAAAAUCUGAGCCUCUCGGCCACUGCUCACCCACAUAAACUUACCAGUUCCCAGGCCACCUGUGCCCCAGACACCACCCCAGAGUGGCCCAGUCAGUGGUCCUUUAAGAAGUGAGCUCCCGGAGGUGAAAUUGCAAUUGGUGAGUAAUCGGAAGUCCCUACAGAAUACACACCAAGAACGCAGCCUAGAAUAUAUGGAACCCAUAACGUGCGUCUAUUAGGCGUGUCACAAAGGGUCAGCUGUUCAGCAACAUGUCAUUCUCAAAGCAGAAAUGUUAAAUUAUCAAUU